AUGUCCUGGAUAUUUGGUAAACCUCAAAGCAGCGAUGAUGCACUCAAGGAAAAACUAGGAUUCGAUCCAAAAGAAGUGUCCGAUGUCCAAACCAUCAUAUCUACACCAGGGUCAAUCAACAGCACCACCACCACCAACAACAACAACGGCAACGGCAACGGCAACACAUCAAACUCAUCCACAUCCUCCUACGCAUCUUUACUCCAUCCAUUAGCAGGAUUAGACAAGGGAAUCGAAUACUUGGAUCUCGAAGAAGAGAAGUUGAACCAAGUUGAAGGCUCACAAGGUUUGAUCCCCAGCAGAUCCUGGACCGACGAUUUAUGUUAUGGAACUGGUGCCGUCUACCUCAUGGGUUUAGGAAUUGGUGGAUUGCUGGGGUUCCAACAUGGGUUGAAAACAUUGCCAGCAAACUCUCCCGGUAAAGUGCAAUUGAACCACAUUUUGAACAAUAUUACGAAAAGAGGCCCGUUUUUUGGAAACAAUGCCGGUGUGUUGGCAUUGACUUAUAACUUGAUUGACUCUACUUUGGAUGGUGUAAGGGGUAAGCACGAUGAUGUGAAUUCGGUAGUGGCGGGUGCGUUGGCUGGUGCGUUGUUUAGAAGUAGUAGGGGUUUGAAGCCUAUGGCGUACUCAAGUGUGUUGAUGGCGGGUGCUGCUGGAUUGUGGUGUGGCAUCAAACACAGCUUGAAGUGA